AUGGCCGACGUCGCAACCGUCCCAACUCCAGCCCUGGUUGAGAAAACCUUCCGUGCCUACACAAAGGAGCAAGGCGCUACUUACGCCAAAGGCAGGCUGGGCUACGACCAAAGGAUCUACAACUACAUUUACGACCACCACGUCUCAACAGGCGGCCAAACAGACUCCCUUCUCGACAUCGGCUGCGGCCCCGGCACCGUUGCCCGUGAGCUCAGCCCGCGCUUUACACGGACCAUCGCCCUGGACCCGAGCGUGGGCAUGAUCGACGCUGCCCGGGCCCUGGGCGGGGUCACAUCGGCCCCGGAGCCGAUCCGCUUCGAGGUCUCCACCGCGGAGGAGCUCGGGUCCAACCUCUCCCCGCCCGUCGCCGACGCCAGCGUCGACCUCAUCACAGCCGCUACCGCGGCGCACUGGUUCGAUAUGCCCGGCUUCUGGGCUGCCGCUGCCCGCGUGCUCAAGCCGGGCGGUUCCGUCGCCAUCUGGACGAGCAGCUCAAAGUACAUUCACCCAUCCAUGCCCAACGCCGCGAGCAUGCAGCAGAUCCUACAAGAUUUCCGUGACGAGUAUAUCCAGCCGUACAUGACUCCGGGUAACCUCAUAGCGGAGAAGAUGUACGAGACGCUACCGAUGCCAUGGGACCUCGAAACGCCGGUGGCGGAAUUCGAAGAGAGCGCUUUCCUGCGCAAAGACUGGAAUAAGGACGGCACAGUCGGACCGGACGGGGAGUUCUUCUUGGGUCAGCAGAAGCUGGGUCUAGAUCACGUCGAAAGGUUCCUAGAGACGGUCAGCCCGGUGACGCGGUGGCGUGAGGCGCACCCCGAUGAUGUCGGAACGGAUCGUGAUGUAGUCAAGAUGGCCGUUGGGAAACUCGCGAGUUUGCUCCACGAAGCAGGGAUGGAGCCAGGGAAAGAAAUCAUCACCACUGGCGUUGCAGGGGCUCUAAUUAUGGUCAAAAAGAAGGAAUAA